UAUGCUCCUACCUAUAAAUAUUAGGGGUAAAAAUGUACCUUUUUCCCAUAAUAAUAUAUACGUAUUAGCCUAAGGGUAAGUAGGAAGCUGGGGCAAAUGUGGAAAUCCGAGAUAUAUAAAGAAAUAUGGAGGCUAAGGUUUUCCCGCUAACAUGCGCACCUCCUCUAAUAUCGCCUUCCUUGCAUGUUCGUGUCGGUACCUUUCACUUUUUCUCCAAAAGGCCAGUUGGUGCAGUUUUGAGAAGAAGUAUAAGCAAAGAAGAGCCACUUCUUGAAGGAAUGCCUAAGGAGUAUUAUGAUGAUGAAUGGCAAGCCCAGCAGCGGGAAAAGUCUAAGGAGUUGGAGCGGCUACGUCAACUGGAAGAUGAAGAAGAAGAAAGAAAGAUUGAAGAGUAUCGGGAAAUUGGCUUGCGUUUGAAGGGAUAUCCAGAAGAAGAUGUUAGAAAAGCAAGAAAAUUGGUUUCGAGCUUCAUCAGAGCUGAAGAAGAAGUGGAAGAGAAAAUUGAGGAAGCUGCUGAGAAAGGAGAACUGGACGAACUUGUUUUAAUGGUCAUAAGGAAUCGCCUUGAUCUUGCUCGACGUGAUGAUGAAAAGGAUGCUGUUAGAAGCCUUGAUCUUUUAUACAGAAGAGUUGAGAUGGAGAUAUUAAAACAAGAGGCUACUCCUUCUAUGAGACUGCUGAAUGAUCUUUUGAAUAUGCAUGAUGGCUUUGAUGAUGAAGAUUGGCUGAAGGAAUGCAAAAAACGCAUGAUUGAUACAUUUCCACGGGAGGAUCCAUUUAGUAUUCUUGUUCCAGCAGGGUUUGAUAUCGAUAAGCAUCAAGGACCACUACGACCACCACUAGAAGCAGAUGAUGUUCUUUUGAGGGUAGAUUUUGUCAGAGAGGUAGAUGCUUUGCUCCAGGAAGUUCGGGAUGAGCAAAAUGAAGCACAUAAUGUUGAAGUGUUCGAUCCUGAAUCUGUUGCAAGCAAACUGAAGCAACAAGAGAAGCAGAGAACAAUAAGAAAAGUAGAGGAUCUGCUGGAACUGGCAAUUAAUUUAAAAUGGUAGCUAUGUACUCUUUCCUCCUUUGUUAGUGCGGGGAGACCAGCAUGCCGCCCUCCCAACUCCAACAGACUUUGGCGUUUGGACUUAUUUCCGUCUAGCAGUUUCUAUUAUGGUGAUAAGAGUAUAUACCAUUGCCAGGAUGUAGAAUAUGCAGUAGCAGAGUUGCUCAUAUUGUAUGUAGAACUGUAUAUCGAUAAUUAAAAACAUUAAAGAAGAAUGUUUAAUGUUAAAGACUAGAGUUCUUUUUUUUUUU